AUGGGCAAGCCGCGGAUGAUUAUCCUGAUUCGCCAUGGCCAGUCUGAAGGAAACAAGAACCGCGAAAUCCACCAGUCCGUCCCCGAUCACCGGGUCAACCUCACUCCAGAGGGCCACAAACAAGCGCUGGAGGCAGGCCGUAGAUUACGAGAGCUGCUACGGCCAGAUGAUACACUGCAUUUUUUCACGUCGCCAUACCGUAGGACCCGCGAUACAACUAAUGGAAUCUUAGAGUCGCUGACGUCGGAUGAACCCUCACCGUCUCCCUUUCCACGCCAUACCAUCAAGGUAUACGAAGAACCACGCCUUCGAGAACAGGAUUUUGGUAACUUCCAGCCAUGCUCUGCGGAAAUGUCACGCAUGUGGCAGGAAAGAGCUGACUACGGACACUUCUUUUACCGAAUUCCUAAUGGAGAAUCCGCUGCUGACGCAUACGACCGAGUGAGUGGAUUCAAUGAGUCUCUAUGGCGGCUUUUCGGCGAAGAUUCCUUCGCGAGUGUUUGCGUUCUCGUCACUCAUGGCUUGAUGACUCGAGUCUUCCUGAUGAAGUGGUAUCAUUUCAGUGUGGAAUACUUUGAAGAUCUGCGAAAUAUCAACCAUUGCGAAUUUGUGAUCAUGGAGAAGAAUCCAGAUAACGGGAAAUAUAUCUUGCAGAAUAAAUUGCGAACAUGGUCUGCUCUCCGUCAGGAGAAGGCAGAAGAAAAAAAACGUGAGCCAGUGCCGGCGAUUUCACUGGCGCCUGAGGUUCCAGUGCGAAGGAAAUGGGGUGGUUGUCCCGAUGGCUGUACUCACGGCCAUGCCAUAUCAACCACGUGGCGUCCAUCACGGCGUGACGAGGUCGACGUAUUUCGUGACGACGAUGGAGGUGAGACGACAGAUGUAAAUGGGGGAAAUAACAGCCUACACAUAGAGCGUAAGAAAGCACCUAAAAAUCUCGCUUCUCUCAAGGAAAGGAGGAUGAUUUCCAGUUACAACAAAUCAAAAAUGCAUCUGGCACUAGAGGCUCUUCAUCCUGAUGAUAUUGUGUCUUCGCCAAAUCAAACACCAUCUUACAUAGCUCUUGGCGAAAUUAUCAACCCGCUGGAACAUACCAAACACGAUGGCUUGGGCAUAUCUGCAAACAGGCGAGAAAUUACUGGUGGUGGAAAGGUCGAUGAAGCAAGCAACACAAACAACCAGAAUAAUGAAAUGCCUGCGGAAGACACUAUAGCAGCAGCAGCAAGCAAACUAUCGAAUAUCCAUUUACCGGUCGACGGAUCUAAUGUCGGAGACGGGGUCGAUUCGCAGGACAGCGUCCAGAUAUCCGACUCGGAGUCAGACACCAUGAUGCCCGAGAAGAAAAAAUCCCUUGCUGCACUAAUUGAUCAUGAUGACGGCAACAAUAUCUACGGCCGUGCUCAUAAUACUACUACUACCCCCACGACGACAGCGGUGCAGCAAGACGCUGAGGACGAUGGUGAUGACGAGGGGGCUGGUACCUCACGACGAAUCCGACGAUCCAGGUCUACGAAGGCUACUGCUUCUAUUCACCAUCUUCAUCAUGGCCACCAUAACCACAGCCAUCAUAAUAACCAUCUACACAGUCACGCUAUUAACGACAGGACCAACACUCACCACCCUCAACGCAAGGUACAUGCUCUAGGAGACAUGUCCGAUGACAUUGGCACUGGUGACGACGACAAUUACUCUCACGACAUUUACGACGCAAACUCCGGAGCAGCUCCAGAGGAUUCAGAAUAUGAUCAAAUAAAGAAAGAGGAGGAAAGUGUAAAUGGCAGCAACUCCUCAAAGACAUACUAA